AUCUAUACUAUUCUGUAUCUGAGUACUUUUCUAGGCUGCGUAAUGUCUGGGACGAAUACCUCUCUUUAGUUCCUCUGCCUGGUGGUGACAGGGCAUAUGCAGAACAUAUGGAACAACAAAAGCUUAUGCAAUUUUUGAUGGGUCUAAAUGAGACCUACUCCCAAUCACGAAAUCAAAUUCUGUUAACAGUGCCCAGUCCAUCACUAAACCAGGCUUACAACAUGAUAAUGCAAGACGAGAGUCAGCGGCUGCAGUCCAAUAUGAUUUCACAGUGUGCUCAACCAUUACAACAACUGGAUUUAAAUGACUCAACAAUAUUGGCAUCCACACAAGGAAAUAGAUUCAAGAAGAAUACUAGUCUUUAUUGUGACUAUUGCAAUAUGAAAGGACACAAGAGGGAGAAUUGCUAUAAAUUGGUCGGAUAUCCACAAAAUGCCAAGUUCAAUAGAAGGAAGUCCUUUGACAAAGUGCAGAAUCACGAGCCUAAUCAACUUGUUGGGAACAACUUUGGGACUACCAGGGGUCCUAUGACAAACAAUGCCAAUCUGACAGAGAGUGCAACAUCUACCAUGCCUGUGCCAUGCACUACUGGAGUUGUUCCAACAGUUACUUUCCCGGUCUUCACUCCUGAACAAUACCAGCAGAUCUUGAACUUGAUCGCUAAGGAACCACCUUCUCAAGAAGCUGCAGCCAACAUGGCAGGACCUUUGCAAUGGCAAGGUGAAGGGGAUUGGUAAGGAGAAGGAUGGUCUCUACCUACUUCAACCUAUCAAGAAGCCAUCACCUGCCAACACAUCUUCCCUUUCAGUCUCCCAGCCUUCAGUUUCAACUACACCUAACUAUCAACAAUGUCCCUCAUCCAGUCCUCCAGAUUCUUGUUCUAUUUGGCAUCAACAACUUGGUCAUGCACCAAUAGUAGUACUACAAAAAAUUUCUUCUUUGAAGGGUUAUUUGUCUAAUAAAGGAUCUCUGUCUUGUAUUAUCUGUCCUUUAUCAAGGCAGACUAGAUCCCCUUUCCCCAUUAGUACUUAGAAAACUGUAUCCCUUUUUGAACUUGUAUAUAUGGAUGUUUGGGGUCCAUAUAGAAAAAGUACUUACAAUGGUCAUAGAUCCUUUCUCACCAUUGUGGAUAAUUACUCUAGAAUGACCUGGAUUUAUCUGAUGAGAAUGAAAAGUGAUGUGGUUGUUUUGAUCA